UGGAAAUGGAUGACUUGGAGCCUGAACUUCCCACCUCAGACCCAUCUCUCCCAAAUAUUGAUAUCUCUAUCCCUGAUACAGGCUCUAGUGACACACAUGCAUCUCUCUAUGACUCUCUUUUCCCUGAAAGUUUUCCUUCUGACCAGGUGUCCUCCAUUUCUGACCCCAACCUUGAUAAACCAGUCUAUGUUACGGACACUGACUCUGAUCUGCUCCGACCAGACUGCAACACUCGACCAAACCUUGAUGAUAAGUCGGAGCCUUUGUCCUCAGCUCUUCCAGUUCACCUUGAUACUGAGGACACUGGAAACACAGAACUCGUCCUUCCUCAUUCUGAUAUGAACUUUGACAGCUCUGAUCACAUUCUCUCAGACAAUGUCAACCUCAUUUCUAACAUUGUUAGCGUUAGCCAUCCAAGCACUAAGAAUUCCAGUUCUCUUGAAUCUACCUUCUCCAUUGAUGCUUCCGGCUCCUCAACAAUAGCUGAAACAAUGGCUACUGAGACAGGUCAAGAAGCCGAAGUAGAGUUUAUGGAAGAGGAAAAUGGACAUAUUGAGGAGAAUAUGAUGUCCUGUGGUGCAGACAUUGUCAGGGAAAGAUCAAAUGAUGUGUCCACAUUGGCUACUGAGAAAGUUCAAGAAGCAGAGGUGGAGAUGAUGGAAGAGGCCAACAGCAUAGAUUCUUCUAAUGGACAGAUUACGGAACAUAUGCCCUGUGAUGCAGAAGUUGUCAGGGCAAGCUCACAUUAUGUGAUCAUACCAGAGAACAGCAGUGCCAUGGAAGUCACUAUACCAGUCGUCCAUUACAGCAUCCUGGAAGAUUACAUGGAGAAGAGUGGAGUUGAAGAGGUAAAAGCAGAGGAAAUGAAAGGAAUGGGCAAACAAUGGAGGAAUGGGAAUGAAACCAUUGAAGUGGGGUGGAGUGUGGAGUCACUGAAAGAAACGGAAGAAAUGUUAGAAACGAAGGAUAGAGGUCAAGAGAAUGAAGUCCACCAAGAGGAGAAGAGAAACAUUGAGUCCCCAGAAGACAGUGAUGCAGAGAGGCUGGUGCAGGUGGAGGAGAGAGAAACGAGAGAAGUCUGGUCACUGGUAAAAGAAGAGUGGGAGGAUGGGGUGGAACCAGCCCUACCGGUUCAGCAGUUGCACACACUCAUGGAAUGUGAGUCGCCAGCCCUGCCUUCCACCACAGAGCAUCAUGGAGAGGAGAAGGAGGGGUCAUGGAAUAUCCGGAGUGCGGUUACACACGCUUAUCUGGGAACAGAGGCCCGCGCUGAUACACAUACACUCACACAGACCCCAGGCAAGGAAGAGCCACAAGAGGUGGUGGACGAGUCCCGCAGCGCAGAGAAUAAACACACUGCCAUUGACAACAGAGAGAGAGAGGACACACUCACAACACAUAACACACUCACACACACCACAGACAGAGAGGAGAGCAUUUUAGACACACACACAGCAGAGAAAGUGGACUUAGUCACUCGUACUAUUGAGGACACAGGUGCACCGAGCACCCCGAACACAUCCUUUUUCACUGACCAGAAAGCGAAAGUAAAUACCACUAGCACACUCAGUACAGAUGGUGAGAACACAUUCACACUUGACAGAGAAGAGACAGCGACAGACACAGAGUCCAAAACAUACACUGUAAAGAGAGAACACAAAGGGACACUCAGUACUGAGUGGAUAGACAGCAUUGUCACGCAGGACACAGACAUAGCCAGUGCAGAGCCAGUGCCAGAGCAGGUGGCAGUGAAUCCUCCAGUCACAAGAGACACAAUCCUCGACAGACUUCAGAAGAGAGCCAACGGUCUUGCCACUGAGGACACAGAGAGACCCGGUGCAGAGCCAGAGCAGGUGGGAGUGAAGCCGUCAGUCACUGCAGACACACUUCUCAUCUCACUGAGGAACAGAGUCAACUUCCUCAGCCAGCAAGAAGGGUCACUGGAUGCUUCAGCUGUUCUCAGUACAGCUUUAGAACACCCUGAGGGCUCCAAUUCAGAAAAUCAGCAGAUAGUGGCUGAUCUGGAGUCAGACAGCGAGAUGAAAUCAUACAGUUCCACUCUCACUAUAAGACCCUCUCCCACCCUCAAGGGCAUGGACAAAUCAAAACAGGGCUUCCGCAAAGUCUCCCGGGUCACUGACAAUGAAGACAUUGUGGACUACAGUAAAAGCACUAUCAAUGAGCCCAAUAGAACUGAAAGUGACCUAGGUCCAGUCGCACCAGAAUAUAAAGGGAGGGACCGGUACGAGGGGGUGCAAACCACUUUCGACCCCACAGGGGAGUCCUGGCGCUCUGACUCUCAGUCAGAUGAGUCAAGAGUGUCCGCAUACGAUGGACUCUACUCCUCCCUCUCCCCCUCCCUCUCUGUGUACACACAACAACUCGCCUCUCCCGGGCCGCCAUUCCAAGAACCUGUCUUGUCCUCUCUCUCCUCGGAGACACCCGGUUCCCCCGGCUACGGUCGCUGGCUGAGUGACAGAAGCGAAGUUCAGCUGACCCGUGAGAGCAGCGAGCCAGAGACAGGAACAGGCAGGGGGAGUAGGAAGGAGUGGGAGGAGGAGCUAGCCACUGCACCUGCAGGACAGAGAGAGAGGGGGGUAGAGCAAGAGGGGAGGGAGGGAGAGUCUGUGGCAAGGAAGAUAAAGUCAGGCUGUGACUUGUUGUCACUCCCAGUCUCAAACUUCUCCUCGGCAGGUCAGACCAUUGACGACGUGGACUACAGCAGAGGCAGCAGUGACUCCUACUCCGGACAGUACAAGGCCACACGUGUGGAGCUGCUCCCUUCCCCCUCCUCCUCGGACCCUUCCCCCUCUUCCUCUCCCGUGACCCCUGACCCAGGCUCCCCCUAUUACCGCGACAUGGAGAGCCUGGUGGACACCCUGAAGAGCAUGAACCCUAACCUUCCCCAGAGGCAGAGGAGGCUGCGUGGGACCACCGCCCCCUCCAUCUUCACCUCUCUGCCCUCCAUCGAGGAGGACACCCCCAGCUCCAGCCCCACCAAUAUCAAAUCUCCCCAGGUGCCCCCUGGGUCUCUGCUGGAGGGCCCCAACAGCCGCUACAACCUGCCUGCAGACCUAGGCCUCAACUGGGGUGCCCCCAAGGAGAUGCGUUCCCCUCUGGAGUUGAUGAAGCUCCAACAGCAGCAGCAACAGGAGCAGCAGGCUGGGGACCACCAUUGGAACCGUGAAGGCCUCAACCUCCCUCUCCAAGCCUCGGCUCUUAGCAGCAUCGUCAUGAGGAAGAGCUCCUUGGACAGUGACUCUUCUCCAGAGCACUUGCCGUCCCCCCUGCUAAAUGGAGGAAGCAGCAACCAGUCUCCAAACCCCUCGCGCCUAGACAACUCGCUCCUCUACUCCAGCUAUCGUUCAGCAUCGAUUGAUCAACCACAGGAGAACAGCAAGGCCCAUAGCCCAGGCCAGCGGCCCUCUCUGUUCCGUACGGGCUCCCUACCGGACAUAGGGCCUAACCAGGACCACAUUAGCUCAGGGCCUGGUAUGGGCCUGGCUGGUGGGCCUAGGAGCAGACUUGGAUUUGAAUCUGGAGUUGGAACUGGAACAGGAACUGACCCUUCAACCCCCUUCCGCUACGAACGUUUCUCCUCCCGGAUGUCUGACUCCUUAACCGGAAACGACACAGACACCAACUCUCGAAUGAGCAGGCCCCCUCCACUCCCUAGUUUCACCUCUGAGACCCUAGAAGGCCUUCUCAGUCCCACAAGCUCAUCUCUGGACAUCCACAGGUCUUUCGCCAAUGCUAAUGACUCCCCAUCCAAGCUCAGCCAGAGGCUGGGUGGUAUGGGUUCAAAUGGCAACAUGGGCUCUUCGGGCUCUAUCAGUCUGGGUCUGCAGAGGAACUUCAGUAACAAAGGCCUGAACUCACCACUGUUCAACAUAGGGUCCCCCCAUGGAGGGUCUGUCCAUGGAGGAUCUCACUUCAGUCCAGAGCCUGAGAAGAACCUGGUGUCCAAGUACAGGGCUUUCCCUGACGCCUAUCUCACCAAGGAGAAAGAACAUGGAAAGCUCAACCCUCGGCCAGGAAAGAUGUUCAUCUUUAAUCGGCCAGGGAUGUGUGGCCAGCGGAUUGAGGUGCAGAGUGAUGUCAUUGAUGCCACACCCUGGCAACUACAGGAGACAAUCUCUAUCAGGGUUGUCAGAGGAGGCUGGGUCUUGUACGAGAAGCCCAACUUCAAAGGGGAGAAGAUAGCUCUGGACGAGGGGGACAUAGAGCUCACCUAUCCCUUCGACCCCCCUGAGGAGGAGGAGGAACAACAAUCACAGCGGAAUGGAGAGAACGGACAGAAUGGACAGAAGGUGGGAGGAGAAGAAGUGGUGGCGGCCAAGCCGGACAGGAGGUUCAUCAUAGGAUCAGUACGAAGAGCAGUCAGGGACUACAGUGUGCCAGAGAUCAGUCUGUUCCCAGAGGAGAAUGCAGAGGGGAAGAAGGUGAUCUUCAGAGACACGUCAGAUGACGCCAGGAUAUUCGGCUUCCCCAUCAAAGCCAACUCCAUCAUCAUCAACGCUGGACUAUGGCUGGUGUAUGCUCAGCCUUUCUUCCAGGGCGUACCACGUGUUCUGGAGGUCGGGGGGUUCCCCAACCCUGCAGCCUGGGGCGUGGAACAACCCUACGUGGGCUCAGUGCACCCUCUCAAAAUCGGUGAACCAAGAGUGGAGAAACCUGGUGAGCCCAAGCUGGUGCUCUAUGACAAGCCCUACUUCACUGGGAAGAGCAGGGUAAUCUACACCAACAUGAGAGACUUCAUGACCAGAAUGGACAGACGGCAGACUGCCUUCAUGUGCAGCGCUGGAUCCAUCAAAGUACAGGGAGGCUGCUGGGUGGGCUAUGAGAAGGAGGGUUUCCGAGGCCACCAGUAUCUGUUGGAGGAGGGAGAGUACCACGACUGGAGGGUGUGGGGGGGCUGCGAUGCUGAGCUGCGCUCUGUCAGAGUCAUACGAGCGGACCUGACAGAGCCCAUGUUGGUAAUGUAUGCGCAGCCUGACGAGGAGGAGGUGGAGCAGGAGAACACCUUUGAGGUGACCGAGGCCAUUCCUGACGUGGAGCUGUUUGGCUACCGUACCACCACGUGCUCCAUCCACGUCCUCAGUGGAGCAUGGAUAGCCUACUCUCACGUGGACUUCUCUGGUGACCAGUAUAUCCUGGAGAAAGGUUUCUACAGUAACUCUGCUGACUGGGGCUCUUCAGACAACCACAUCUGCUCUGUCCAGCCCAUCUUACAGGCUCCAAGUGAAAACCAGGGCAGCGUCAGAAGUGUGGUGAUGCUGUACACAGAGCCAUAUUUCCAGGGUGAAUGCCAUGUGUGUGACAAGAACCAGGAGUCCCUCUCUGAUAAACUCAUCGCCAAGUCCUGCAGAGUGGUGGGAGGAAGUUGGGUGGUGUACGAGGGCCGUGAGUUUUCAGGGAACCUGUACAUCCUGUCAGAAGGAGACUACCCCAACUUCACCAGCAUGGGCUGUCCUCCGAACUGUGUCAUACUUUCACUGAAGACUGUCCCACUGGUAUUCUCAGUGCCCUCCGUCUCACUGUUUGGUCUGGAGUGUUUGGAGGGCAGGGAGAUCACAGUGGACACAGAGGUGGUCAAUAUGCUGGAGGAGGGCUACAACAACCAUCUACUCUCUGUCAGAGUCAACCGAGGCUGCUGGGUGAUGUGUGAGCACAGUAACUACAGGGGACGGCAGUUCCUAUUAGAACCCAUUGAAAUCACCAACUGGCCCAAAUUCAGUCAGAUUUUCACCAUUGGCUCAAUGUACCCAGUACGACAGAGGCGGCACUUCUUCCGCAUCAAGAGCAAGGAGCGAGGUCACUUCCUGUCCAUCCAGGGCGGCGUAGAGGAAAUUAAGUCGGGACGCGUGGUUGUGACCGAGCAGGUGGAGGGCAUGAGCGACAUCUGGUUCUACCAGGAGGGCCUCAUCAAGAACAAGUUGGCUCCUGCUAUGAGCCUGCAGGUGAUGGGGAACGUGGAGGCGGGGGCUAAGGUGGUGCUGUGGUCAGAGACCCGGCAGCCUGUCCAGACCUGGUCAGCCCAGAUGAGAGGCACCAUCUGCAGCCUCACCUUCCCUGGCAUGGUAUUGGACAUCAAGGGUGGCAAGCAGUACGACAGAGACCAUGUGGUGAUUUUACCAGAGAGUGAGGAGAGGCCUUGCCAACAGUGGGAGCUGGAGCUGCUGUAACCUUCCAAUAACCUUCCCUCAACCCACACCCUUCACCCGCUCCUCCAAUACAAUACAUUACAAUAUCCCCAACCCCUCAGAACUCCUGCUUUUGAGCCUGUGGACAUGGCCUUUAGGAAUCACCACAGACUUAACCUUGUGUAAUCAUCGUCAGGCACUCUCAAGAGGAUCUGAGAACAUCUUCAUUGCAGUUAAAGGGUUUUUCUUUAAUACCGUGAAGAUUCAUAUGAGGAUUUACUUUUUUGCCUGAAUGUGAGGACAGCAGCAUACGUACGACUCAACAAUAAACAACCAGUGCCUUUAGAUGUGGUCAACUGGAGAGGAUGGGAAGGGUAGUGCUUAUUUUCCCCUCCCUUAAAAUUGGGUUAUUCUAUUUACAGACAUUCUCCCCUCUCAGAUUCUUCCUUGACUUGGAUGGUAUGCCCCGGCUUAGCACACACAGUAGUGGACGGAACCAUUCACUUGAACCCACCAUUGAUUAUUGGGGAGGUCAAGUUAGAUCUACUAUAUGGUGCAUCAUCUGUGGCUACAAGCAGUAUAUUUAAGAUGUAUUCAUGAAGGAAGCCAAAUCUAUGCACAUUAUUUUCUGAAUUGGCUUAUUUUUGUAUUUUAUUUGUAUUUUGUUUGACUAUGUAAUUUACUACGUUUUGGGAAAACAUUGGAUGGGGAGUGUAUUCUUUAUGCAGUAUAAUACAUACACAAUACAUAUAAUAAUGUAUGAUGCAGUGCAAUGACCCUGUG